AUGGUACUCCUUUUUCUUCUACCAUGCUUGGUAGCUAGUCAAAUUUUCUAUCCAGCCACAGAUUCUCCAAGCACAGCUUCAAUAGUCUGCAAUAAGUAUCAAUGUGACCCUAAUCCAUCACGCACAUCAACCCUGUUUUCUUAUUGUAUAACCUACAAUAAGACAACUACAACUUUCCUUGUUAACCCUUGUGAUCAUUCAGAUAUAUCCGGCAACUAUUGUGAACCCACUGACGUCCCAGCCAAUACUCCAGUUAAAUGCUCUGUCCCUCAGACAGAAUGAACCAACCUAUAUCCAGGAGAAUAUCCUUGCUCUGGAAAUUCCAGUUGUAUAAGCAAUUAUUGUAAUAAUGAAAUCUGUGUCGGCUCGGGAUAUGCUGAAACCUGCCAGCAAAAUGAAGAUUGUGAGCCUGGAUUAGGCUGCAGUGUUAAUACUUGUAUAGAACUACUGAGACCUGGCGAGUCUGGCUGUAAAAAUGACACUGACUGUGUAACCACAUGCGGAUGUGACUAUAACCCAGCUUCAGGAAAUCCAGGAAUCUGCAAACCUUAUUUUUCAAUUGCGGUGAGCCAACCUUUGCAAACUUGUGAAAAUUCUGUCUCCCUAUUGUGCGCAAGUGCUCAAUGCAACACUACAAGCAAUGGUAAAAGUCAAUGCAUUCCUGGGAUUGUAUCAAAUAAUAUAGUCUAAGGCUUCGUUUGGAUUGCCCUGGGUUAUAAAAUGCCUGGCGAGCUGGCGGAGUUAGCUAGAGCUGCAACUCUGGCACCAGCCGACAAGCGCCAUUAUAGGUUUCACUUGCCAACUGGUUGGAGUUGACUUUGCAAAAUUGCAGCUCUAGCCAGCGCCAAGUAUUUGCAUCCAGGACGAUUCAAACAAAACUCUGAGGUAUAAUCUUCCUCAUAAGUGUGUUUCAGAUGCUGACUGCUGGGGGACGAGCAAUGGAAAUAUUGCUAAUACAAAAUGCUCUUGUGGUUAUAAUUCUCAAGCGCAAGGAUAUUGCGUUCCUUUCCCUGGAGACAAACCUGGGGUAAAUUUACUAAACCAGCUUAAAAAGUGGCAACAAAGUUUAUUAGUUGUGGCUUGCAAUACUGAAGCGAGAUGGAGCUUCUCAUGCAUGAAAAAUGUGAAUUAUAAGCUUUAUGAUGCAGUUAAGUAUUGGUAUUAUGCAUAUGUAAUGCAUCCUUAUUUACAAAAUAACGAUCAAUGCGUGCAGAAUGUUUAUACUUCGUUAUAUUGGGAUGCACAAAGUGAUUAUCAAAUGGACAAUGGAGGAUUUUCUGUUAUUUUGCCAGCCUCAGUAAUACAUAUGCAUUAAAAUGGUAUGGUAAGACAAUCCACCCUCUUAACUCCUAUAGACGACAUCCGAAAGGAUACAGUGGACAUUAAGGAAGGGAGGCUAGCAUUCGAUAUGUGUAUACAGCUUGAUCAAUCGGGACUAUUCCAAGUGUGAAACUAGAAGUUAUGCCCUGGACUACGGAUUUCCAUCUUAGCCGAGGGUCGACCAGACAAUUCAACCCUUUUGAAUUUUAAAUGGUGGGCAACCCCGUUGCGCACGGCACGGCGACCCAAACUUUCCGACCAUCAGGGAGCAUGCACAGGACAAUGUCAUAUAGGAGAAGGCUUUGAAGUGGUGCUACUAUUGUGGGCGAACCGAGCGAGUGGAGCGUUAUGGAAGAUUUAAUACUAAAAUUACUCUUUUUACCUUAUAAGAGGCUGUCCCAAUAAUUUCGUGUUAUGGAAUGGAAUAAGAAUCUUCGGAUCCCGACAGGGAACUUUUCUAUAAUCUAACUAAAUGUAAGUGUCAGCUUUAGUAAUGGCUUUAGCUUUUAACUAA